AUCUAUCAGCAAGUCAACUACAGAUUUUAACAAAUAGAAUGAAUGAGAUCAAAUAAAACGAUAACAAAACUCUCUUAUCGUUUCUUGAAAAAUGAAAAACAGAAACCGUGAUUUUCGUUUUUAGUAUUACCAUUACCAUUACCAUAACCACAAGCCACCAUAGACAAAAGGCGAUAUAUGGGCAAGCCCAGUGGCAGUUUCAAUGCCUUCUUGAACCCCUUUUAUUCAUUUACUGUGCGAUCGCUCUCCAUGAAGAUUUCUUCUUCUGCUUCUUUACAAGAAUUUACCAGCCUCUGCAAUGACGGACGCAUAAGACAAGCCUAUGACACGUUCAAAGUCGAGAUAUGGUCAGACCCAUCUCUGUUUUCUCAUCUUCUUCAAUCAUGCAUAAAACUAGGCUCGCUUUUUGGAGGAAAACAGGUCCAUUCUUUGAUAAUUACAUCUGGGGGUUCCAAAGACAAGUUCAUUUCGAAUCACCUUUUAAACUUGUACUCCAAAUUAGGACAGUUUAAGUCUUCUUUGGUGCUGUUUAGUAACAUGCCACGAAGAAAUUUAAUGUCGUUUAACAUUUUGAUCAAUGGGUAUUUGCAGCUUGGGGACUUGGAAAACGCCCAGAAGUUGUUUGAUGAAAUGUCUGAAAGAAACAUUGCCACAUGGAAUGCAAUGAUAGCAGGUCUGACCCAGUUUGAAUUUAACAAACAAGCUUUAAGUUUGUUUAAAGAAAUGUAUGGAUUGGGUUUUUUGCCUGAUGAGUUUACACUAGGCAGUGUACUCAGAGGUUGCGCUGGUUUAAGAUCUUUACUUGCAGGUCAAGAGGUUCAUGCUUGUCUCUUGAAAUGUGGAUUUGAACUGAGUUCGGUAGUGGGCAGCUCUCUAGCUCAUAUGUAUAUAAAGUCUGGUAGUUUAUCUGAUGGAGAGAAGUUAAUUAAAUCAAUGCCAAUUCGUACUGUAGUUGCUUGGAAUACUCUUAUUGCUGGAAAAGCGCAAAAUGGGUGUCCAGAAGAAGUGUUGAACCAGUAUAAUAUGAUGAAAAUGGCAGGCUUUCGACCGGAUAAAAUAACAUUUGUGAGUGUAUUAAGUGCAUGUUCGGAACUGGCGACGUUAGGCCAAGGCCAGCAAAUCCAUGCUGAAGUGAUCAAAGCUGGAGCUAGUUCAGUUUUAGCGGUUAUCAGUUCAUUGAUUAGCAUGUAUUCACGAUCUGGGUGUCUAGAGGACUCUAUAAAAGCCUUUGUGGAUCGUGAAGAUUUUGAUGUCGUGUUAUGGAGUUCUAUGAUUGCCGCUUAUGGAUUCCAUGGGAGAGGAGAGGAAGCUGUGGAGCUGUUUCACCAAAUGGAAGAUUUGAAAAUGGAGGCAAAUGAAGUGACCUUCUUGAGUCUGCUUUAUGCUUGUAGUCACUCUGGAUUGAAGGAGAAAGGAACUGAGUAUUUAGAUUUGAUGGUGAAGAAGUAUAAACUCAAGCCUAGAAUUGAACACUACACAUGUGUGGUUGAUCUGCUCGGUCGGGCUGGCCGGUUGGAGGAAGCAGAGGGUAUGAUAAGAUCAAUGCCUGUAAAACCAGAUGGCAUUAUUUGGAAAACUUUAUUAGCAGCCUGCAAACUCCACAAGGAAGCAGAAAUGGCCAAACGAAUUUCUGAAGAAAUUAUAAAGCUUGAUCCUCUAGAUGCUGCUUCCUAUGUGCUGCUUUCAAACAUCCAUGCUUCUGCUAGAAAUUGGCCCAACGUUUCCGAGAUUAGGAAAGCAAUGAGAGACAGGAACGUCAGGAAGGAACCAGGCAUUAGUUGGUUAGAACUCAAAAAUUUGGUUCAUCAAUUUAGCAUGGGGGACAAAUCUCACCCACAAUACUUUGAGAUUGAUUUGUAUUUGAAAGAACUAAUGUCCGAACUGAAACGGCAUGGUUACGUGCCGGACUUAGGCUCGGUUUUGCACGACAUGGACAAUGAAGAAAAAGAAUACAACUUGGCACAUCACAGUGAGAAGUUUGCAAUUGCUUUUGCACUGAUGAAUACUUCAGAGAAUGUCCCAAUAAGAGUGAUGAAGAACUUGAGAGUCUGCAAUGACUGUCAUAAUGCCAUUAAGUGCAUAUCAAGGAUUAGGAAUAGAGAGAUUAUUGUAAGAGAUGCAAGUAGAUUUCACCAUUUCAAGGAUGGUGAAUGUUCUUGUGGUAAUUAUUGGUAGGAAUUUUUCUUUUUCUUUCGCACAAAUAGGGAUAUGAGAAUUUGAAUCUCUAACAUUAUAAGACACAUUGCAAGUCGACUACCCUAAGCUAUAUUCCGUCGACUACCCUAAGCUAUGUUCGUUUACGGUCUCUUUCCAUAUGUAAACCUAAGGUUCGAUCUAAUUAAUAAGCAUUCAUUUAUAUAAUGUUUCAAACAA